CUCACAAAUUAAACUCAUGGAAGACUACUUCUAUCUCAUCUCUAAACCGGUGGCCGACACACAGAUUCAAGAGCGACACAAACACAUGGUGAUUGAAGGCUUGCAAAUAAUUAAGGAUCGCGUCGAGAAUCAAGAGAAACACGACCACGUGGUGAUCAAUUACCCGACCGGUGUUCUGCUGGGAUUUGCCAUCGAUGUCUGUUUGAACGCCAAUGAUGUCGACAAUGCCAUCAUUAUUAUGCAAAAUAUGAUUAAAGACAGCCAAAAGAUCACUGGAAAUGCGAGUCCAAAUACAUUGAGUCGAUUAUGUAUUAACGCAAUCGACUCCAAGAAGUAUUCCUCCGCCAAACAGUGUAUUGAGUUUUGCGUUGAUUCAGCGAUGAGUGAAGCCGUUUCUGAUAUUCGACAACACGUCCAACAAUCAGAUUUGGACCCAAAGAUUAAGACGUUGUUAGAGGAGACGUGCGGUCCUGAAGUGAUCAUCGAAGUGGACAUCGAAGACGCCUUCAAAGACGCCUUUAAAGAACCGGAACCGAUGGAUGAGAACAAUAAAUAAUAAUAUUU